AUGCCGAGCCGCCUCCCGACCAAAGCUGAUUUCCCGUCGUCGGUGGUCCUGAGCAUUACACCACCGCCCGUCGAGCCUCCGCUAACCAGCCCAGCGCCUUCUUCGGACCCAACCAACGUCCUGAUCCUUCUUCAUGGCCUCGGUGAUACGCACGAGCCGUUUACCGCGCUCGGCCAACAGCUGAACCUCCCGGAGACGGCGUGCAUAGCGAUACAAGCUCCCAAUCCCCUGCCGUUCGAGCUGGGCGGCAUGCACUGGGGCGAGGACCUGAUCUUCGACUCGAGCACGGGCGGACUGGACAUGGACACUGGCCUGCAGAAGGCGACGCAUCUGGUGCUCGACGACAUCAUCCGCAAAGGGCUCAUGGACAAGUGCGGCUACAAGGCGCGCGAGAUUGUCGUGUUUGGACUUGCACAGGGCGGCAUGGUUGGACUGCAGGUGGCGGCCGAGUUCGAGGGCGAAGAGCUCGGCGGCGUCAUCAGCAUUGGGGGGCCGCUCUCGCAGUCGGUGCCGCUCAAGGCGCUGCAGACAAAGAGCAAGACGCCAGUUCUCGUGUGCAAGGCCGAGCGCAAGUCUGCCGUGUCGGAGAGCGCCAUUUCCAAGCUCAAAGACGCCUUUGAGCACGUCGAGGUGCAAGAGUGGAAGAAGAGCGGCGACGCCAUGCCGCGCAGCCGUGAAGAGAUGCUGCCGAUUAUGCACUUUUUUGCCCGUCGCCUACGGAGCACCAAGGGCGUGCCCGCGGGAAGCGUAGAGCUGAGCUCGUGA